UGCUUUGUUGACCACUUUAAUCGCCUCUGUGAUAAAAAAAUAUUUUGCUACCUCAGUUGACACUGAGCAAGUUUAUUUAGCUAUGGAAGUGCUAUCAACGUUGAUUAGAUCUACAAUUCCCAAUUAUCUGAAAAAUCUACAAGUUCCUUCAAGUAUUAUGGGAUUUGCAAGGCUGUCAGGAUCAGAAUGGUUGCAGUUACUCCCCUUUGUGGGCAUGUUGUCACUUCUAUCAUAUGUUACAUAUCAAGCAUUCCGUUCCAAGCCAGCACCCAAGGAUUCCUGUGUUAAUCUAAAAAUUCAAAAAGAAAGUUCAAAGGUCGUAAAUAUGGUUGAUAUAGAAGAACUGGGUGAUAAAGUGUCAUAUUGUAGAUGCUGGCGAUCUAAAAAGUUUCCAAUUUGUGAUGGAAGCCAUAACAAACAUAAUGAAGAAACUGGGGAUAAUGUUGGACCAUUGGUGCUGAAAAGAAAAGAACCAUUAGCAGCUGCAAAAUAGUGUGAUGAAAACAACUUCAUUAAAGGAACAGAGACCCUGAAAAAUGACCUUUUUAUUGCUAAAGGAAAACUGACAUUUUUGUUGAUUAAGGACCAUACUAUGGAUCAAAUUCUUACUUUUUAAGUUUUUUAAGUGUUUGAAGGUUAAAUGAUUUUUCUGAGAAAAUAUUUGAGCUGCUGUUUAUGAAGAGGUCUUAAAAUAUUUUUUUUAUAUUGGUUACAAUUUGAAAAUCUGGAAUCAAGAUUUGGAAAUUUGUCACUCAGGUUAUGAUUUUAAGGUAAUGCACCCAUAAUGAAAAUCAGGCAGUCUCUUAAAUUUUAAUUACACUUUGUGUGUUUGUGUUUCUGGCAUUCUCUGGCUUUGCUACAUUAACAGCUAAACACAGCCAAAAAUAUUAUAGAUCUACAAGAAUGCAUAAUUGCUGCAUGUCAUUAUUGCUCCAUUACCUUAAAAUCAUUAUACUGACAAAACUUUGUGCUAAUGGUGUGCAUUUUACCAUGAAAGUGAAUUUUCUCACAUAGACUUGUAUGCAUUUUACAGUAUGAAAAUACAUCAUAUACGCCAUUCCAUAGAAAUUUAAUAGCAACAUCAGUUAUAUAGACUUUAUAUUUGUGCUGUUUUGUAGUACUCAGUCUGUAUUAGGCAUUGACAGUAUAUAAUGUUGAGAAUUAAAUCACAGAAUACUUGAAGGAUGUACAAAACUUGACUGAGUUCUUUUUUUUUUUUUUACAUUAUUUUAACAUUAUUGUGAAGAGACUGCCAGAAAUUUCCAAACAUGCAAUUUUGACGACAAAAUCUUAUGAAAUUGAAUCACAAUGAUAGGAAAAUAUAUUUAAUAUUUUUUGACAACAUAGUUAUUAAAAAAAUUGUAGGGUUUAUAGAAAUAUGAGCAUUUCAUCAUGUAAAUCUAUUUAGGUGGAAUUACUUCAUGAACUUAUAUGAGCCGUGCCAUGGGAAAACCAACAUAGUGCAUUUGCAACCAGCAUGGAUCCAGACCAGCCUGCGCAGACGCGCAGUCUGGUCAGGAUCCGUGCUGUUCGCUAACAGUUUUUAGCUCGACUAAUCAAAGAAUAAUCUAGCUAUUCUUCUCACCCUGGCGUCGGCGUCAGCAUCGGCGUCACACCUUGGUUAAGUUUUUGCAUGCAAGUACAUACAGCUAUCAUUUAAAGGCAUAUAGCUUUGAAAAUUAUUUAUUCUUUUUCUAGGUCAAUUACCAACCUCACUGGGUCAAGUUCCAUAACUCUAACAUGUAUUUUGAGCAAAUUAUGCCCCCUUUUGGACUUAGAAAAUUCUGGUUAAAGUUUUACAUGCAAGUUCGAAAUUGGGUCAACUGCGGUCCAAAACUAGGUCAGUAGGUCUAAAAAUAGAAAAUUCUUGUGACCUCCCUAGAGGCCAUAUUUUUCAUGGGAUCUUCAUGAAAAUUGGUCAGAAUGUUUACCUUGAUGAUAUCUAGGUCAAGUUUGAAACUGGGUCACGUGCGGUCCAAAACUAGGUCAUCAGGUCAAAUAAUAGAAAAACCUUGUGACCUCUCUGGAGGUCAUAUUUUUCAUGGGAUCUGUAUGAAAAUUGGUCAGAAUGUUCAUCUUUAUGAUAUGUGGGUCAAGUUUGAAACUGGGUCACAGGCGGUCAAAAACUAGGUCUGUAAGUCAAAUAAUAGAAAAAUUUUGUGACCUCUGUAGAGGCCAUAUUUUUCAUGGGAUCUGCAUGAAAAUUGGUCAGAAUGUUCAUCUUAAUGAUAUCUAGGUCAAGUUUGAAACUGGAUCACAUGCGGUCAAAAAUAAGGUCAGUAGGUCAAAUAAUAGAAAAAACCUUGUGACCACUUUAGAGGCCAUAGUUUUCAUGGGAUCUGUAUGAAAGUUGGUCUGAAUGUUCAUCUUGAUGAUAUCUAGGUCAAGUUUGAAACCGGGUCAACUGCGGUCAAAAACUAGGUCACUAGGUCUCAACAUAGAAAGACCUUUUGACCUCUAGAGGCCAUAUUUUUCAAUGGAUCUUCAUGAAAAUUGGUGAGAAUGUUCACCUUUAUGAUAUCUAGGUCAAGUUUGAAACUGGGUCACAUGCGAUCAAAACUAGGUCAGUAUGUCUAAAAAUAGAAAAACCUUGUGACCUCUCUGGAGGCCAUAUUUUUCAUGAGAUCUUCAUGAAAAUUGGUGAGAAUGUUCACCUUGAUGAUAUGUAGGUCAAGUACAAAACUGGGUCACAUGCCUUCAAAAACUAGGUUAUUAUAUCAAAUAAUAAAAAAAAACUUGUGACCUCUCUAGAGGCCAUAUUUUUCAAUGGAUCUUCAUGAAAAUUGGUCAGAAUUUUUUAUCUUGAUGAUAUCUAGGUCAGGUUCAGAAGUAGGUCACAUGAGCUCAAAUAAUAGAAAAAACGACGUCAUACUCAGUUCAUGUGGGGGCAGGUGAGCGAUUCAGGACCGUCAUGGUCCUCUUGUUAUACACCAACACUGUUAUGAAUUUUUUGGAAGAUUUUUUUUUUGCAUUUAUAUCAGUGUAUAUGGUUAGAAACACAUGUGCAGUUUUCACUAACACUGCGUUACCAUUUGGUGGAUAGCCAGUUGGACACUUGCUCCUCGUAAAUGGAAAUAUUUUUAUUGUAUUUCAAUAAAGCCACUUGCAGCAAAAAUGAAAUAUUCUUCCCUUUUAUAAUUAUGAUGUACAUUUUAAUGCUGUAAAAUAUGGAUUACACAAGGUUGCAAGGAGGCACAUAGAGUGUUCGAGUUACCGAGAAUUUUGAGUGAUCAGUACGUAGAAAAUAUGAGGACAGCCGAGGACCAUAUGUAUUGCUUGAGUAAGCCCUGCUGCUGGAACCAUUGAUGCUCAAAAAGCAUUCUAUUGUUGUAUGUAUAUACAUGUACGCAGAUAUUUUCAGAAAAAAAGUCAAAACCAUCAUCAUUAUCAUCUCAAUGUUACUGUGUUGCAGCACAUUGUUUUACAUUAUUUUUCACAUUUGAUGUCACUGAAGUGAAAUAAAGUCAUUACAUAAUUUUGGUAAUGCUCUAGUGUAUUAAUAGAUACAGAAUUAGUUUAAAGUGUAGAAAAUGCUGAUAGACUUAAAUUGACAUUUGUGUCAUUUCCUCUAUAUAUUUCAUGGCAUAAUGUUAACAUAAAGUUCCAUCUGUUGUAAUGCUCAUCAUUUUUCUUAAAAGAGCAUGCCACUAAAUAUAUGUCAAUUUUAUGCUUUCCAUCAAAGAAGAGUGGCUAUAUUAUUUGAUUAUGUUUGGCUGGGCCUUUUGUAAACAAUUUUGUUUCCAAUCAGUAAAGAGGUAAUGCUUUGGCUCUGCUUUUGCUAAACUUCAGUAGGUCAAAGGUCAAGAUUACAGUCAUCAUAUUAGACUGAAAAUUGUUUACAAUCAGUAAAUGGAGUGUAACUUAUGCCUUCAGCAGUCAAAGUUUAACAAAACUAGCCUUGAGAUGGGAAUUGGGUUUUCUAAAAAAUGCUUUUAGAAUUGUAGUAUGUAGGAAAGGGAUUUUUUGUAGUUUGUAUUCAUAGCUUUUAUUUUAGUGAACAUUGCACCAUUUUGAAAAAUGGUGGGUGACAAUGCCAUAUUUUAUAUUGUAGUCACCAGAAAACGUUGUGUCACAGGAAAAUUUACAUUUCCUUAUAAUUCAUUUUUGUCAAGUUUAUCUCCUGACCAGAUCAGUUAUUUCAUUCUGUACUCUAAACAGAAAGACAGACAUAUGCCAAACUAGUCUGAUUAUUCAUGCCAAACUAGUCUGAUUAUUCAUUCAAACAGGGUCAGAGUGUUAAAGAGGCUUGCAUACUGAUUUAUGUCAGAGAAUUAAAGGGGCUUGCAAACUUACUUACGUCAGUUUUUAUGAAAUGGAGACAAAAGUUUAUUGUAGAUAAGAUUAAAAAAGAUGUGUUCCAGGUUGUAAAACACACUUGUGAAUCUGUUGUAAGAUAUAAGACAUAGAUAUACUCCUUAGAUAAAAGACAAGCUACAUGCAUGCAUUGGGAUUAAAAAUUAUGAUGUCAUAAACUGCCUGCAUGAUUUCAUAAUUAAAAAUAUCUUUGAAAAUGUUGAAAUUGUAUGCAAGGAAAAGACAAGUUACAUGGUGUAUCAUGUGCAGUGGAAGGCAAAAAAAAUAUUUUAAAUACCUGCCUGUGUCAAACAGAUGUUUUUCCAGUCUUUGAGAAAGCGCGGAUAAGAAACCUAGCUAGUGCUUAGUUUCUUAUUUUUCACUGUUUCUUGAGUCUGGUAAACCCUGUCCUACUCAUGGAGGCAUGUAAGAUUCUUACAGUCGUUACCUAGGCAGGCAUGUAAGAACAUUAUAGUCAUAAGAAUGCUCCAAAAUAUGCUAUAUGUAGUGUUAGUUUUGCAUUAUGUUUACAGAAUUGAUAUUCUUGUUUAUAAAUAUGCAUGUAAAAUGAUUUUUAUAAGUCAUUCAGAAUUAUGAAAACAUUACCAGUAAUGUGUGUUAUAUUCAAAAUUAGCAGUACAAUGGAGUUCUUUUAUUAUCCAAAAUCCUGGAUGUUAGCUCUUUGGACCGAUGGAAUGAUGUUAUAUUGUAAAUCAUUGCAUUUUGUUGGCAUAAAAUUUGGUGGUUUUGGUCAAAACGUGUAUUUUGUUGGGAUAUGAAUUUAUGCAUUUCAACUUUUGAAGAAAAUGAAAAAUUGGAAUUUUAUUUCUUUGUUGAAAUUUUAAUUUUGUGGAUUGACAAAACCAAAUGCUUUCACAGUAUAUUAUAUAUGAAUUUUGAUAAAUAUAUUUUUAACAUGUAGCUCUGAAAAACUUACCAGGAAAUACUUGAAUACUCAUAAAAUGCUUUUUCCUUGCCUAUAACAACAAAUACAGCUGAAUAGCAUUUACAUGUAUAUACUGGUUGUAAUCAUAUGAGCCGCGCCAUGAGAAAACCAACAUAGUGCGUUUCCGACCAGAAUGGAUCCAGACCAGCCUGCGCAUCCACACAGUCUGGUCAGGAUCCAUGCUGUUCGCUAAUGGUUUCUCUAAUUGCAAUAAGCUUUGAAAGCGAACAGCAUGGAUCCUGACCAGACUGCGCGGAGGGGCAGGCUGGUCUCAAUCCAUGCUGGCCGCAAAGCACUAUGUUGGUUUUCUCAUGACGCGGCUCAUAGUAUUUUUAAGACGUUUUAUUAGACAAUAUUUUUCACUUUUAUAAAAAAAUACAAUGUUCUUGAUGCAAAAUCAUAUACUAAAUGAUAAGCAUAUAUAUUCAUCUUCUUCAUACCCCUGAUACAAAGUGUAUGGGGGCUAUAUCUGAGUUGUGUGCAUCUGUAUGUUAGUCUGUCUGUAACUCAUUUCAGAGGCAUUUCUCUGAAAAUGUUUAAUGGAUUUACAAAUAACUACACAUAUAUGUUCACCAUCAAUACAAGUACAAUCCGGGUUACUAGAAUCAGGGUCAAGUUCAUACUGAGGUUAUAGGUCAGAUAAAUUUAGCUCCAUUUCUUCUAAAUCGCCAUGAUUUUCAUACAAUUAGCAUCAGUUGCUUAGGUUAUAAUUGACCUGCAGAGCAUUUACCAUCACUAUAUCAAAACUGUGUCAGUGGGUAUUAAUCACUUUCAGUACAAGUUAUAAUUUCUUGCCUACCUAAUGGGGAAAGACAAGGAUUUGCCAGUAGUAGAUCACAUUACCUUUAUCGAAGGGAAAAGACCAGUUGCAAGCACAUACUGUGAUGUUGUAGUUAUGACAUUAUAAACUGUGUGAGUGAUUCUAUAGGUUAACAUAUUUUUUAAAAGUUUUCUAUUGGUAGGCCAGAAAAAUACAGGCUAGCACUCCAUUUCUCAUUCCCCAAAGUCCCUGGGUUAGGGAAAAGCCUGUUCUACACAGGCAGGCAUGGAAGAUCCUUGUAUCCUUACGUGGGAAUGAACAGUGGAUAAAAUAGAUAAAAUUAUCAUUACAUUCUACAUCGUCUAGAAGCAGGAUCUACAUUUUUGAAAACUUCCUUCGAGAAUUUGCGAAAUAAGAAAUUACAAAUUGCAUAAUGAACGUAAAAUAUGAAUUAGUUGAAGGAUCUUUUUCUUCAAUAUGGCCCCUUUAACUUGAUUUCAUUGACUAACUUUUCAAUUGUCUUAAAAUGAAUAUACAUGCAGAAUACAAAAUCAUAUCUUGGCAGAAAAUAUGUCAAAAAAUAAUUCUCAUUGUUUAGGACUUUAUGUAGUCUGCCAAACCUUGCAUAAAAUACUUACAAAUUGCAGAUGAUGCAUUUAACAUAUAUGUAUCACUUUCUUUUAUAGGAACAACAAAUUGUAUUGUGAUAUUAUAUGAUAAUAGUAUAUCACACGAUAAUAAAAUGAGAAAGCACCA